AUGGCAACUAUUGGCAGUACUGGCGGUACAUACGGGAGGUCAGUGCACGUCACGCAGUUAUUAUCCCGAAGAGAUAAAUUUGUGAGAAUUUACGAAUUCGGAGUGAAAUACGUGAAAUUCCUGAGAUUCUCUCGCGGCGGAACAUUGCAGAGCAGUGCGCGAGGGUCUCAGGUCAAAAAGACGACAGACUAAACAAGGUGUGAUCCUGCCUGCAGGCUCGUCUAACGCUGUUGUGUGUACCUCUUGUUCUGUGUGAUAUUAAAACACACGACCUUACUGUGGUGCUGGUGGUGUUCCCUCUUCUGGGAUAUACAGAUAGACUGUGUGGCAGGUUAUGUCAGCUGGAUUGGCAGGUGCUGUUUCAGAUCAGCGGAUGAAAGGACAGACUAAUAGCCAGGUAAGCAAUGGUCCCAAGGAGCACCAGCAGCAGCAACAACAGCAAGCGGAGCACGCUGGUGCAGAAGAUACCGGUUUUGAUUCUUGGCGAGGAGGCAACAAUACCCAACACCACUCGAGCUAUCCGAUCGGCACCGGAGAUCCCUAUAGUCCCUAUUAUGCGGGGACUUCAUUCCCAUACCAGGCGUUUGGUGCCGGAGAUGGUACCUGGUCAAAUGGUACAGACCCGGUCGCAUUUCUCUCCGGUUACGGAGGUCAAAUCGGUCAUGACGCGUACGGCAUGGACGGGAUGUUCUCAGCCAGUGCAGGUGGCGGGUUCGGGACAUUCGGUCAGCCAGCUUUCAAUUACUUCCAUGGAAACGGCGACUACAGUACCUGGGGUACACCUCGUAAAGCACGCUACGAGGACUACUACCAGCCGCCGAGGGGUAAUGAGAAUUACCCGACUCCUGGCGGUGCGGAAAUAAAGACAAUUGAGCAGAGUGUACAAGGACUGUCUAUCGGCAGUGGAGAGAUUCCUAGGCAGGAGCAGCAGGCUCCUCCGAAUUCUCAAGCUAAGUUGGACCCUAAGGAACCCAGAAAAAUAACAUGGGCAAGUGUGGCAAGUCAACCAGCCAAGCCAGUGCCCCCAAUGUCUUCUUCCCAAGGAAUGAAGAAGAAGGCUGGUAUGCCUCCGCCACCGAUGGUGCCUGGAAAACAUAACAUGGAUAUCGGAACGUGGGGCGAAGGCAAAUCUUCAGCACCACCUCCAAAAGCUCCUCCGCCACCACAAGUGCAACCUCCUGUACCUCCGCCACCACCUCCCGUUCAAAGACAGAGGCCACCUCCACCGUGCUGGGCUAGACAGCCAACACCUCCGCCACCGCCACAGCCUCAAAUUCAAAUGCAGUCUCAACCACCUCCACAUCAACCGACACAGCAACAACCUCAGCUUCCACCGCCGCAACAACCUCCCUCGCACCCUGUGCUUGAUGAACUUAAAGUGAAGAACGACUAUAAUCCUGUGGAUUUCGAUCAGACUGCUCCUGGAGCUAGGUUCUUUGUCAUCAAGUCUUAUUCGGAAGACGACAUCCACAGGUCCAUCAAGUAUGAAAUCUGGUGUAGCACAGAGCAUGGAAAUAAGAGACUCGAUCAGGCAUACAGAGAAGCAAAUCGUGAAGGUGCGCCUCUAUACUUGUUCUUCUCGGUCAACGGAUCUGGACACUUCUGCGGUAUGGCUCAGAUGGUCUCGCCAGUAGAUUAUCAGAGCAAUAGCUCAGUGUGGUCGCAGGACAAGUGGAAGGGUCAAUUUCGCGUGCGUUGGAUUUACGUGAAGGACGUUCCUAACGUGCAACUACGGCACAUUAGGUUAGAGAACAAUGAGAACAAGCCAGUGACAAAUUCAAGGGACGCCCAGGAGGUACCUCACGUGAAGGGCGUCCACGUUCUUCGCAUACUCCACACUUAUCGUCACUCGACGAGUAUCUUUGAUGACUUUGGACACUACGAGAGAAGACAAGCCGAAGAAGAUCAGCGUAAAGUACCCGUCAAUCCUGUGUCGCAUCAUCAUCCAUCAAAUAAUCAUCGGGGCAGAGUACAUCCCGGCGAAUUGUUACGUGAGCAGCAGCAUCAGCAACAGCAUCAGCAACAACAUCAGCAGCAACAGCAUCAGCAGCAACAUCAGCACGUUCAUCAGUCUCAUCCACACCAACAUCAACGCAAGGUAAGCCGAGACUUCGUCAUCCAUAUGAAUUCACCAAGAUGCCAAAGCAAUGAUGACGCUAAUUACGGAUCGUGAAGGUGGUCGCGGAAGAGGCAGAGGUGGUUCCCGUCAGUAGCGACGAUUACAAGAGAGAAGCAUAAUACUAUUGAUAAUAGUAUUCAACUUGACGGAUGAACGCUCUGACUAAUUAUCAACUUAUCACUUACCCUCACUCAUCCACUUUUAAUGCCCCCCUCCCCCCCCCUCUCAAUGCCCUUUGACUCCUCAAUUUUUCCCAUCCCUGAGAACAAGCCACGCUACCUCCCUGAAAAACUACAAACGGGCUUCUAACCGCUGUGACGGGACUCUCGUCGUUGAAGGCUAUUCCCUUUCGUUGAAUGAUUAAUCCGUAUGAUAAUUAGCGUUGCGUUAAACAUCAUUAAUAUUAUGUAAUGAUAAUUACUGUGAGCAAAAUAAUUGAAUUUUAAGGGAUACAUCAUCGGGUGAACCUGAAAGACGGUUUAAUAAGCGUAAAGUGUGGUGUUGCGUGCGAUUUGUGGAAUGGUGUUUCAUAAACGUACAAGUUAUUAAAAAAAAAAAAAAAUGCGUGAAGAAGAAAGGAGAAAGAAGUAAACUACGAUCAUGACGACGACAACGAUGAUGAUGAGGAUAAUGAAAAAAGAACAAGACACGGAAUGAAGGAUACAAGAAACUAUAACAAUGUGGACUAACCCUUGUAAAACGCUUGAACGUACUUUUGUUGAAAAUGAAGAAAUUCUAUGCAAGGACGAUAUUGUAAGCAAGUGUCGUUUGAAUUAAUUACCAUUUGAAAACUCCAAUGAACAUAUAAUCUGGUGCCUGCAACUGAGAGAAGGCCCUCUCCCAUCUUGAUUAAGAAUGAUAAAUUAAAAGGAAAAGAAAAAAAAAAGAACAUACACAAGGUGCAGGGGCUUGCCACGAAGUUUUAAGUUCAUUAUGUAAUCGCGCUCGAUCGAUGGAUAAUAAUUGAAAUUAUUGUCUGCUGAUUAUUUUAAA